CGACCUGCUCAAAUUGAACUACUCAAACAUAACCUUAACAAUUUCGACUUUUAAUCUCCUUUUAAUCAUGACUACAAUCUUAAGACUGUACAAAACCGCUUUAAAAAAGUAUCCUUUAAUAACUUCAUCACUACAAACGAGUGGCCUGACGAUUGCAGGCGAUAUUUUAGCACAAACGGCCGUCGAAGGAAACUCUUUGAAAAAUAUUAACCUACUCCGAACAUCACAGUUUGGGGCAGUGGGCUUAUUUCUAGUUGGGCCUACUUUGACCACAUGGUAUAGAUUUCUGGACAAAUGUUUGGGAAACAAAGGUGCGUCAGCGGUUCUCAAAAAGGUGGCCUUUGAUCAAGGAUUAUUUGCACCAUCUUUUAUUGUGGUUUUUUUAACUUCCCUCGCAAUCGUCCAACAGAAGAACAUCAAGUCGUCCAUUGACGAGUUAAAAAUGAAUUAUAAGGAUAUUUUAAUCACUAAUUACAAAUUAUGGCCUCUAGUACAACUUGGAAACUUCUACAUUGUACCGGUUCAGUAUCAGAUUUUGGUUGUACAAUUUGUAGCCAUCAUCUGGAAUACCUACUUGUCUUGGAAAACUCAAGGAAGCAAGUUUAAAGAAUAAACAGGUAACAGGAAGGUAUGACUGAAAGGAGCGGAUGGUUACAAAGUAUAGCAUAAGCAAACACUGCAUUGGAUAAGUAUUUAAUUUUUAUUAUUAUGAAAUGUAUUAUUCGAGUACCUACCUUCUUUGUAUCGUAACAUUUAAAUAAAGUUAAUGAACAAUU